AUGGCUAUGAAUAAGUUUGCAGUCGCUAUAUUGAUCACUUCCUCAUGAAUUCUUUACGCCUGAGCUCAUCAACAGGCCAGCUCUUCCAACCUAAUCAAAUUUGGAGGGGUCAGCACUUUCACAGGGCAGUGAUAGCAUCUUGAGGAACCACAGAGUUUGUCUCUGUCUUCAGUCUUAUCAAACUUUGAACAUACAGAGUCAAAAGUGCAUGUCUAGAACUGUCUGGAACAUCAAAGAGUCACAUUAGUGUCCCACCUGCCUGGGUUCCUGUCCUGUGGCAAGGCUGAUGACCAAUCCGGAAGAACUUUAAACUCACUGUGACUAAGCAAUGCUUUCUGCUACAAAUCGGGCAUACUGAGUUCAAACAGCCCUGAAACUAAUAGUUCCCAUGUUGGCCAGCCUGUCAUCAGUCAGCUCAGAAUAUCCAAAAGUCCAAGGACAUUUUGUUGUGAAACAAUACAACAUCAGUUACUGCACCCAUGUUGGUGUGUCGAGUGCUAGACUAGAAGUGAGACGUGUUAGGCUGCAUGUGUGUGUGUGGUUUGUCAAUAAGUCAGAGGGAGGAGCAGCUUGGAAAUUACCCCUCCAGUUGAUGGAGGGAGCCAGGCUGGAGGUCCUUGUAACCUGACCUGUGGCCAUCCCACCAGGGAAACCGGCUGCCAAAUUUGUCCAGACCAUACACUGCAGAGGCAGGGGAAACAAUAGACCAUGGAGGGGAAUAUAAGUGGCCUGGUGAACCAGACUCUCAGCUGAAAUCCCUCCUGAACUUGACUGUUGCAUGCCGGCACUUUUUUUCACGGUGCGGAAACCUCACGAAUGUAUCCGCAGCGUGCCUGUGGAGUCUGGAGCUUAUCGUGAGUGGUGGUGGUUGUACAAACUCCAGCGUUCUUCCUUCCUGCUUGUACUGGCUGGUCAGACAUGUGGAACUGAUUGGGCAUCUCACAGGGGAGCCUGAUAGAUGUGGGAGAUAGGAACUGACCAGGUUCUCUGUGUGUGAGGGUUGCCCUGGUCCCUGGAUGUAAUAGGUGACCCAACUAGCUCUGGACUUCUACCUCAUGUACUGCCGGGCUUUCGCUUCUAGCGCGCCAACAUGAUGAACGGAAUAAUUACCAAGUGGAGGCGGCGGAGUAUUGCCGUGCCGUGCGAAACGCAGAACAACAAGAAUGAUGAUCCAGACGCGAUUCUUGAGGAGUUUCUCCCCGACGUGGCCAAAGUUAUCCGUGAGAUGGAACUGUCCCUGCUGGAAUGGGCCAAACCCAAGCUGGUGGAGCCCAUAGAUUACGAGACGUUUGUUAUCCAGAAGAAGACACAUAUCCACCAUGAUCCACAGCGGGACAUGCUCUACUUCCCUCAUGAUGACAUCUCGUCCUCUGUCCAGCCUAGGGAGUACAGAACAGUGAGGUCAUCAGUCCCUCCAAAUGCUGCCAAGGAAGCAAAAAGUCUACUUGUCAAAGAGGGUAUCAGUUUUUACACAACUAGUUGGAGCCAGUUACACUACAAAUAUGAGGACUAUGGAGGCAGUUAUCAUCAGUUACCACGAAGCGACAGGUCAGGGGACCUCCCACCACAGGUGUAUGAGUUGGAUGAGGCAGACAAAACAGAUGAGGAGAUGUCGAUUCUGUACGAGGGUGCAGAAAGCAUUACUAAACAGGGUUUUCUGUACAAGGCCCCCCUCAACAGUGAGGGUAGUAUCAUCACCAGUAUGAGAUCCUUCAAGAGGCGGUUCUUCCAUCUUAAGCAACUGCCAGACAAGUCAUAUGUCUUGGACUACUACAAGGAUGAGAAGGCCAAGGAAGCAAAGGGAACAAUCUAUCUGGACUCCUGUACAGGGGUGGUCAAGAAAGGAAACUAUAAGAACUCCAAGAGCCGUAAGUUUGGUUUCGAGGUGCGGAUGCAGGACGGGAGCUACUACUACCUGGCGGGGGAGGGGGAGGCUGAGAUGGAUGAGUGGGUGUCGGCCAUCAACAAGGUGGUGCAGAGUAACAUCGAGGCACAGAUCAGGCAGGGGGACGAAGAAAUGAAUGACACCCUGCCCUCACCCAGCAAGUCUGAGAGCCUGAGAGAAAGUCUGGAGAACAGCAUGCACCCGGAACUCAUGAAGUAUGCAAGAGAGUCUGACAACCUGAUUGCCAUCAAGAGGAAGGAGAACAGACAGAAACUGAUGGACGUGUACCCAGAGAUGCAGAUGAGAGAAUCAGGGCGGAGCUUUCAGAAGGAGGAUAACCGUGUGUAUGAGGAACAGUUCGGGAUCAGGUUCCUGGUCAGGUGUGAGGAGCUCAGGUUCAGACUGGCUGCAAACAUCGCCGAGGAAGAAAACGGGCCUGUCACCAACGUUGAGCCUUUCUUCACUACCUUGUCCCUCUACGACGCCAAAGAGAACAAGAAGAUCUCGGAAGACUUUCACUUCGAUAUCAACGACGUGAAGGUUCGGCAGAUGUUGGUCCGAGGGAAGGACGCGGAAAACAUUCCAAACGGUCACAGUAACGGGGACGCUCAGCUGCGGCACGGGAAGUUCACACCAUACUUAGGGAAGCUGAAGGAGGAGUGGUUGCAAUAUCCUCAUCAGCUUCCUUUCCUUCCAGCUACGGGUCUUUUUUCAGUCACCAGUCCCCACCCGGACAUCUACCUGGUGUUGAGAAUAGAGAAAGUUCUGCAGGGCCACAUCAACAACUGUGUGGAGCCGUAUCUGAAGGGAGGGGAGAACUGCAAGGUAUCCCAGAAGGCUGUAAGACAGGCGAAACAUUUCUGCAGCAGACUGGGACAGUACAGGAUGCCUUUUGGAUGGGCAGCAAGGCCAGUGUUCAAAAGUUCAUCAGGUGAACUUGACAGUGAGGCAGACUUCACGCCCAUCUUCAAGCAGGAGAGUCAGAAGCUGUCUGAUGAGGACAUGUUCAAACAUCUGGCAGAUAUCAAAAGACCAGAGAAAAUGUCCAAACUUCAGCCAAUUCCAGCCAGCCUCAGGGUAGUGGUAGAAGCUGUCCAGUCACAGUUGUCAGGCUGUGUGACAUCAUCCCUGGUCCCUGUCCGCCCAUUCCCAGAUUCUCCCUCACACAUCGUUAGGGAAAUCGAGGAGUUCCUGCCAGAGGAUGCCUCUGUACUACAACCAUUCACUUCCUACAAGAACAACCUGUACAUAUAUCCACUCAUACUCAAGUUUGACAACCAGAAAACAUUUGCCAAGGCCCGUAACAUAGCCUGCUGUGUAGAGUUUAGGGACUCUGAUGAUGAAGAUGCAUUGCCUUUAAAGUGUAUCUACAGCAGACCAGGGUGCCCUGUGUUCACCACAAGUGCCAAUGCUGCUGUGCUGCACCACAACACAACACCUGACUUCUAUGAAGAGGUGAAAAUCGCCUUACCCACCCAGCUGCAGGACAGACACCACCUUCUCUUCACCUUCUACCAUGUCAGCUGUGAUCAGUCUGUUAAGGGCUCAACCAAGAAGAAAGACAACGUGGAAACUGUCGUUGGGUAUGCCUGGCUACCUAUUCUAAAGGAUGGAAAAAUCAACCUCCAGGAUGAAGAAUCCCUGCCCAUCUCUGCCCACCUCCCUCCUGGCUACCUUACACACAAGCCACUGGGGAUGGGAAAGAUUGCAGGACCAGAGAUCAAGUGGGUGGAUGGAGGCAAGAAGCUGUUCACCCUGUCUACAAGACUGGCUUCUUCCAUUUACUCCAAGGACAUGCACAUGAACAACUUCUACUCCCACUGUGAGAAGGUGGACUCCAGCAGUGGUGGCAGUGACUUGGACAUGUGCAAGUUUCUCAAGUCCCUCCAUGCAGCAGAUGAGUGCACAGUUGUCCAGUUCCUGCCUGUGUUGUUGAACCAGCUCUUCAGAGUUCUGGUCAAGACCAACAGUGAGGAUGUGGCCACCAAUGCUACCAGAGUGCUAGUCCAUGUUGUGUCUAAGAUGCAUGAAAAUGGUCACCUCAAGUUGUUGCAGUCAUAUGUCAAGAAUGUGUUUGUGACAGAGCCAGUGACAGCAUCCAAACCCAAGACAGUCCACGAGGAACUGGCUAAGAACAUGAACAUCCUCUUGAGACCAUCCUCUGACUUCCUCGUCAUUCACAAGCUCAUGAAUCAUGCAUGGUUCUUCUUUGAGAUCAUUGUGAAGAGUAUGGGGCAACAUCUCAUUACCAUGAACAGAUUACAGGUGAGCAGACAUUCGCGGUUCCCUGCGUCCUAUCAGUUUGCCAUCCAGAGCCUGCUGCAGACCCUGAUGCCCCACAUCACACAGAAACACAAGGAGAACGCCCUGGAGGUCAGCAACGCCAACCGCAGCCUCGCAAACUUCAUCAAGAGGUGCUUUACUUACAUGGACAGAGGGUUUGUCUUCAAACUCAUCAACUCAUACCUGGACCAUUUCAACCCCUCAGACCCAAAGAAGUGGCAGUUAGCACCAGUGGCCCUUUUUGAGCUGAAGUUUGAGUUCCUGAAGAUCGUGUGUAGCCACGAACACUACAUUCCCCUCAACCUGCCUCUGCAGAGGAAAGGCUACAUGCACAGGUUCCAAGAUGCCAUAGGGCACACCCACAUUGUGGUCGGCUUCUUUGGUGAGGGAGGAAUCAGCCUGAUUGACAUAGAGGAUGCUGAAGGAGGUGUCAUGGCCACUUUGGAUGCAGACCAGCAGCAGGAGUUCUCACUGACAGACGACUACUGUAAGCACCAUUUCCUGGUGGGGCUGCUCCUACGAGAAGUGAGUGCUGCCCUGCACCAACCUAAGGACGUCAGACAGUUUGCCGUGUCCACUCUUCGAGACCUCCUGGCAAAACACUCUUUUGAUGACAGAUAUCAGUCUAAGGCUCACCAGGCCAGGAUAGCCAGCCUGUACCUCCCCUUCCUCAGUAUCAUACUGGAGAAUGUGCAGCGCCUCAACGUCCUGGACCCCUCGCCUCACACCCCCACCCCGUCAUCCACCACAUCCUCCACCUUCACGCGCUCCACGCACAUCUCCAACGACAAUCUGGCCAAUGAGAGCCACCACACGCCGCUGCCCACGCGGUCCACGUCCGUGGACAUGAACGGGAUGAAGGGAUCGUUGACGCGAGACACCGUCAGUUCCAAUGUCUGGGCUCAUAUAGCAGUCGGAGAAUUCAAAAGCAGAAGUAACACGCUAACAGGGACUCCCAGUGGUAAUAUCUCGUCCCCCAUGCCCCUGAAGUUGGAUACCAAACAGCGGGCAGACUCCAACUCUUCCCUCAGCACGGAGGCCAGCAACGGGUCCCUGCCCAACAUGCUGGAGAGGAGGGACAGCGAGAGGCUCAAGGGAGGGAAUACUGCUCCAGGGCACUUCAGGAGUGCCUCUGCUGCCGGGACGUUCCUCAGACAUGACAAGUUGGACGAGGGAGAGAUCAAAGACCUUCUCGUCUGUCUGCUGUUUAUCCUGAAGAACCUCAAUGAGGGGAAGUCAUUUUCUAAUCUUCCCCCAGAGAUUCUGCAUGCCUGGUGGCACCAGGCCUCUGAGUCCGACCACAUGGAGUUCUUCACUAUUCUGGAGAUUUGUCUACACCAGUUCCGGUAUCUAGGCAAGAAGUAUGUCGCUUCAAGAGAGUUUAUGGAGGGGGGGAGCAGCAGGAGCCUGAAGGUCAUGACCCUUCCCAUCCGCAGGCUGGCGCCCUCUACCAUCGGUCACAGGAGCAGUGCACACGACAUGUCCGGGUACCCAUUUAUGCAAGACCCAGAGACCGUCCACCGAGCCCUGUUGGAGGCUAAUAUGGGUACAGAGGUUGGGCUGACAGUCUUGGACCUACUGGCUCUGUACACUCAACAGUACAAGGAGCAGCUGCUGGUGAGAGAUGGGGACAACAUCAGGAUGAAGAGGGUGUUUGACCUCUACAUGUCCUUCCUGCAAGGCAGCCAAUCAGAGACCCUCCUCAGGCAUGUGUUCGCCUGUCUACGAUCCUUCAUCAACAAGUUCCCUCGUGCCCUGUUCAGUGGCAGUGCUAAGCUGUGUGGUGCCUUAUGCUACCAGAUCCUGAAAUGCUGCAACUCGAAGCUGCAGUCCACACGGAGCGAGGCGUGUGGACUCCUCUACCUGCUGAUGAGGAGUAACUACGAGCACACCAAGCGCAGAGGAUUCACUAGGGUUCAUCUGCAAGUCAUCAUCAACGUAUCCCAGUUGAUCAGUGAUGUGAUAGGCCUUAGUGGGUCCCGCUUCAAGGACUCGCUCUCAAUCAUCAACAACUAUGCCAACAGUGACCGCAGUAUGAUGUGCUCCAACUUCCCGGUGGAUGUGAAGGACCUCACCAAGCGAAUCCGCACGGUCCUGAUGGCGACAGCUCAGAUGAAGGAGCACGAGAACGACCCAGAGAUGCUGGUGGACCUGCAGUACAGCCUGGCCAAGUCCUAUGCAAGUAACCUGGAGCUGAGGAAGACAUGGCUGGAGAGUAUGGCCAGGAUACACAACAAGAACGGAGAUUUCUCGGAGGCUGCCAUGUGCUACAUACAUGUUGCAGCUUUAGUCGCAGAGUAUCUGAAAAGGAAAGACGACAAAUCCGACAACAAUACAAGAACUUACAUUAAAGGAGUUUACCCAAAGGGCUGUGCAGCUUUUAGGAUCAUCUCUCCCAAUAUUGAGGCAGAGGAAUCGGCUAUUAAAGAUGACUCUGGGAUUGAGGAUGUCCACUACACAGAGGACACACUGGUAGAGCUUUUGGAGAGGUGUGCCCAGGCCCUGGAGAAGGCAGAGAGAUAUGAGGUUCUGGGGGAGGUCUACAAACUCAUCAUCCCCAUUUAUGAGAAGAGGAGAGAGUUUCAGAGACUUGCAGAUGCAUACAGACACCUGACACAGUCGUAUGAGAAGGUUGUCACCGUCAUGCAGUCAGGCAGGAGGCUGCUGGGAACGUACUUCCGAGUGGCUUUCUACGGCCAGCAAUGGCAGGAGUUUCUGGUAGGUCCCAGCCCAAGCCUCAGCCAGAGUAUGAGGAAUAAUGGGUUCUUUGAGGAGGAAGAUGGCAGGGAGUACAUCUACAAGGAGCCGAAGGUCACGUCUCUGUCUGAGAUCAACCAGAGACUGGAGAGGCUGUACAGCGACAAGUUUGGGGUCGGCAAUGUCAAGAUGAUUAAAGAAUCUGGAAAGGUGAAGGCUAAGGACCUGGACCCAAAGUAUGCCUACAUCCAGGUCACGUACUGCGAGCCUUACUUUGAUGAGAAGGAACUGGAGGACAGAAGAACAGACUUUGAGAAGAACAACUCCAUCCGACGCUUUGUGUUUGAGACCCCCUUCACACAGAGUGGGAAAGCCCACGGUGCCUUAGACGAACAGCACAAGAGGAGAACCAUUCUCACCACCUCCCACUCGUUCCCGUACGUGAAGAAGCGAGUGCUGGUGGUGUACCACAAGACCCAGGAGCUGAAGCCUGUGGAGGUGGCUGUGGAUGAGAUGCAGCAGAAGACUGCAGAGUUGCGGGAGUUGGUAACACGAGACCCGCCCGACAUGAAGAAACUCCAGCUCAAACUGCAGGGGAGCGUCAGCGUGCAGGUGAAUGCUGGUCCUGUUGCAUAUGCCAGCACUUUCUUAGACACUGCCAACAUUAAGAAGUACCAGAAGAUACAGGUGGAGAUGCUGAAAGAAGUUUUCAGGCAAUUCAUUUGUGUGUGUGGAGAGGCCCUGAGUCUGAAUGCCCAGCUGAUUAAGACUGACCAGUUCGAGUACCACGAGGGGCUGAAGAACGACUACAAGAGCAUGGUGGCCAGACUGGAGGAUAUCAUGCAUGAACAGCUGCUGCCCAAGGACCCAGACAGUGUUUCUACUGUUAGCCGGUCAUCUCUGCACGUGUUCUCUGCCAUCAGUGGAACUCCAACCUCCACCUCCCUGGCCGGGAUCUCCAGUGGAGCCUCCACCGUGUAGAGAGAAUGCAUGGCAGAGAAAUUACAUAUCCUUAAAGCUAUCUUCAAGUUAGAGGUGCCAUGGUGUAAAAGAGCACCUAUCCCCAUACUCUGUCUUCUUCAGUCCUAUGUUAUGGGUAGGUUAAUACCAGAGCCAGUUAACACAUAUCCACAUGCUUAGAGAGAAAGCUUGUCACUGAGAGAAUGAGAAACUUGAUGAGUGUGUAUUCUAUAAUGUACAUAGGUAAGGGGAGGGGGGCAGGCACCCUAUGUUUGGAUAAAGGCUGCCAAUAUGUAAUUAUGCACAAAGAAAUGUAUCUAACGGUGCUACCAGCGAUAUAGUAGAUCUUGUUAAGUUUGCUUUCAAUGGAAUUGAGUUUUGUCACUCUAGAAAAUUGUGCUGUUGAAUUCUGUCUUCUUUUUGUCAUUGCCUUUUCAAGCAAUGACAUUGAGUUUGCUUCACUGUGUUAGGUUGCUGGUUUAUGAUUGACAAGAGAUGUUUGAUGAGGUCAAUACUCUUGAGCCUUGCAAUGCCUCGACACGUGUUUACAGCAAAUAGAUAGCUUUUUAAAUGUAAUUAAAAGUGUUUACUAUUACAGCUGGACAUAUUCCUUUGGAACAUGGCAUAUUUUGGAACAGUACAAAUCAUCUAGUUCUGUUACAGUUGCAGGUAGUACUGCACAUAAG